AGGAAGCCAGCCUUGUGUUACAGACGGAGCAGCAGCAGAAGUUGUGCCCAGUGCUGGCAGCCAUUCCAACAGUAAAGUAAACCACAGCAGCCAGGGCUGGGGCAGGAUUCGGUGGAAGAAGUUUGGAGUAGGAACCAGCUGUGCACACGCUAAAGGACAGCGCUGCCUUACUGCUUUGUCUUCUGAUCAGCUGAGGUCUCAGUAUGGGACUGACACUGACAUCCACAGGGACGUCCCUUCUUGCCUUGUGCCUGUUACUCACCCUGCCAGUAGCUGUGUUUACAGACACAUGUGAGAAAGUGAAACUGCAUGUACCUUCUGUAAUCUAUUCUGGAAAUCUGAUCGGCAAAGUAAAUCCUCGGCAUUGUCUGGAUUCAGAUUCACUUAUCAUUCAGUCAAGCAAUCCUGACUUCUUAGUUUUGGAAAAUGGAUCAAUUUAUGCGCAAAAACGUAUUUCACUGGCUGGUAAAACAUGGUUUACAAUUCGAAUCUUGGACUCCGUGACUCUGACUGAGAAAAAAAUUCGAGUUAAACUGAUAACCAAAGCAAAGCCUGCUAAAUCAAGAUAUGCAAGAGAGCUACUGAGACGUUCCAAACGAAGAUGGGCCCCUCUACCAUUUUCUAUCAUGGAAAGCUAUAUUGGACCAUUCCCAUGUUUUGUACAACAGAUCCAGUCUGAUACACAGGAGAACUAUACAAUCAGAUACUCUAUAUCAGGACCUGGCGUAAAUGAAGAACCCUUUGACUUGUUCUACAUUGAACCCACUACUGGAAAUAUAUAUUAUAGAAGAAUGGUUGAUCGUGAGCAGUAUCCAGUUUUUAACUUAAUUGGCUUUGCAAACACGUUGGAUGGCUAUUCGCCAGAAGCUCCUUUAAAUAUAGUAAUCAAAGUUGAAGACAGCAAUGAUAAUGCACCUAUAUUUGUAGAAGAAGCAUUUUGUAUUGAAGUUGCUGAACACACAAAACAAGGUGUAAUAAUAGGAAGAGUCAAGGCCUUGGACAAGGAUGAACCCAAUACCCUGCACACUACCCUCAGAUAUAGUAUUAUUUCACAGACUCCUCCAUCACCUGUAAUGUUUGCUCUUCAUCCAGAAACUGGGAUUAUUACUACAACCUCAAACAGACUUGAUCGAGAGACCAUAGAGUCUUAUGUCCUUAUCAUUGGAGUUCGGGAUAUGCCUGGACAGCGUUCAUUUUUGUCCUCGACUGGAACAGUAUCCAUAACUGUUACGGAUGUAAAUGACAAUCCACCCACUUUUGUGCAAAAGUCUUACCAGGUAGAAGUUAAUGAAAAUGAAAGUGGAAUGGUCCUCUUAUGCAUACCAAUAACAGACAAUGACAUUCGCGACUCUCCCAAUUGGAGAGCUAAGUAUUACAUCACUCAGGGAAAUGAGAGAGAAUAUUUCAGUAUCGGUACAAAUCCUGAAACCAAUGAGGGAUGUCUCAAGGUCGAAAAGGGACUAAAUUAUGAGGAAACAAAAAGGAUUCAAAUACUGGUGGGAGUCACCAAUGAAGUUGAUGUUAUAAACUAUUCAGGGGUGAAAAGUUCUGGCAUGAGCACCAUCCCUGUCACCAUAAUUGUUAAAGAUGUAGAUGAAGGACCUGAGUUCAUACCAACUAUCAAAGAGAUAAGAGUGAGAGAAAACACACCAGUAGGGACUGAAAUAUAUAGAUGUCAAGCAAAAGACCCAGAAACGAAGAACAGUGAUGGCAUACAGUUUUCGGAACAGUUGGAUACACUUAACUGGGUAAAUAUUGAUGCAACAACCUGUCGCAUAACAAUAGCGAGAAUCCUGGAUUAUGAAACGGAUCAGGCACCAAGACACCAGCAUAAUGUGACUAUAAUUGGAGUAGAUCAGAGCGGCAAGACAGGCACUGGAACACUUGUAAUAUAUCUGGAAGAUGUUAAUGAUAACUAUCCAAACAUUUCAAAGGCUGACACAACUGUUUGCCAGAGUGGUAGAACCUAUAGUCUGGUUGUGGCCGAAGACCGAGAUGGAGUUCCUAACAGUGCACCUUUCGUAUUCCAAAUUGAUUCCACCAAUAUCCCCAACCUGCAAAAUCAGUUUAAAAUAGAAAGAAUUAAUGAUACAGCCAUUUAUAUAAGAGCCGAUGGGGUUCCAGAUGGAGAUUACCAAAUUCCACUAAUCAUAACAGAUCAGCAAGGAUAUGGCCAAACACAGAUUAUGAAUAUUAGGAAAUGCUAUUGCCCUGAUAAUGAGAACUGUGUUGGUAAUAUAAGAUCUUCAAACAAUGUUGCCCUUGGUGGAUGGGCUAUUCUAGUGAUGGUGCUGGCUGCAUUACUCUUUGCCCUGCUCUUAUGUGGUUUGUGUGCUUGCCUGUGUGGUGCCGCAGCUACAAAGGGUAAAAAAAGUUUUCCUGAUGAUUCAGCACAACAGAAUCUAAUUGUAACCAACACUGAGGCACCAGGAGCAGAUGUGAUGGAUUCAAAUUUCAAAGUUCCUGUUCAUGUAACAGAUGCACACCGUAGUGGAAAUGCUCCAUCUGUUUCAGGUGGCAAAGGACAAAGUGGAAGCCAAAUUAUACAACAAACUAUCCAUACAAGAAAAACCACAGGGCAACUAAACACUGCAGAGGAUAACCGAGGAGGCCUUACCUUAACUUCUAUGGGUGGAGGAGGACAACAACAGUUCUUUGAUGUGAACAGAGUAAACUAUACAGACUGGCAUAGUUUUAUGAACAACCAUCUUGAUGAAAAAUUAUACAUGUGUGGACAGAAUGAGGAACAACAACAUGGAGAUGAUUAUGUUCUGUCAUACAACUUUGAAGGAAAAGGGUCUGCGGCAGGAUCUGUUGGAUGCUGCAGUGACUUUCGAGAUGAGGACAGAAUGGACUUUUUAAAUAAUUUAGAACCAAAGUUCAGGACAUUAGCAGAAGUCUGUGCAAAAAAGUAAAUGUGUUGUCAAAUAUUGAGGAAACCACUGUAUACCACCUAAUUCCUGUUUAUAUUUUGUAACCUAAAACGUAUGUGGUUUCUUUAGGUUAACAUCCAUGAAAAAAAGGGUCUGCUGAGUUAAUGAGGAAUUUAGCACUUUUUCAAGACUGUGUAAUCUUAUUUCCCAGAACCACAUUUUAGAGAUUAUGGGGACGUUAACCAAAUAACCUAAUAUUUUUGCAGAACAGUCAGUUAAGUAACUCUAAAGCCUUUUUCUACUUCUCUUAAGAAGAAUUUAAAAAAAAAA